UAGAACAAAAUUUUCCAAACUCGCUCACAACGUCCACCAUUAGCUGUUCUGGGCAAUUGUCGUGCGCGGUGUGCGUUGGAUCUUCGCGGAUUUCUGUGCAAAUACUUGGCUUAUUCAUACCAUCAUGGGCGUAGACAUUAUUCCAAUCUCUCCCGGGGACGGAAGCACAUUCCCCAAAAACGGACAAGUCGCCGUCGUCCACUACACCGGCACGCUUGAAAACGGCGCGGUGUUCGACUCGUCGCGGACCCGAGGCAAACCGUUCAAGUUCACCGUUGGCCAGGGCGAAGUGAUUCGCGGCUGGGACGAGGGAGUCGCCAGAUUGUCUGUAGGUCAACGGGCGAAGCUCGUGUGCAGCCCGGACUAUGCGUACGGGAGCCGCGGUCAUCCGGGCGUCAUCCCGCCCAACGCCACGCUCACCUUCGAUGUGGAGCUGCUGAAGGUCGAGUAAAGAAACCCCAAACGCUUUCCUCACAAACGGCGCCUUUCCGAAGACCUUGGAGCAAUCUUCGAACCUACAACUACUUACGGGAUUGAUGAUUUGAUGCUGAAAACUUUUCUACUUCUUAACAUAUAGUCAAAUUGGGCGGCGGGCGUGCGCGGCCGCCGCGUUUUUAAUGGUUUAUAAUUUAAGUGUUCAACUUGAAGUGUGUCAGGACCUAGAGACAAAAUAGGCUAAGCUGGUUGCGGGGGAGGGGCGGGCCGACGUCCAGGCUGCGCCCGCCCCGACCUUCAUUUCAUGAUGGAAAUUGCAUUUCCUCCGAGCAUUUACUAAGCAUGAAUAUAGUAAUUAUUUCGUA